AUGACCAAGGCCGAGCAGAAGAAGGCCGUGCAGUUCACCCGCAUGUGCAAGUUCUGGCGGACGAACGAGUGCAAGAUGGGGACGGGCUGCACGUUUGCCCAUGACACUGCCGAGUUGCGGCCGAGCCCGAAGCCAUGCUUCGAGUUCUCCAAGAGCGGCUCCUGCGUGCGCGGGCAGGCGUGCAGAUUCGUGCACGUGAUGGACAGCAUGAAGAGCAGCGGCAAGUCCAGCGGCUUGCGCAUAAGCGUGCAGCAGGCGAGCCCCAGGCAACAUUUGCUUCCAAGCGCCAGCACGUGGCCGAUGGCAUUUGCACCUUAUGCUCCAGCUUGCCUGAGCACCCCGAUGCCGGAACUCGGCCACCUGCUGCCCCCGCAGCCAAGCGUUGUCCCGAGCUGCUUCCGACCGCCACCCGGACUGGAAGAUGUGGCCCGACGGCGCACGCCCAACUUGACAGUGGCUCCGGAGACUCUGGAUGGAGAUUCCCGCCGCUCCAGUCUGAGUGACCUUUCAUUGGGUUUGGACUGCGCCCUUCCCAUCCCCAAGGCAGUAGACCUUGAACAGAAGUGGGCAGCAGAUGAUGCAACCGUAGCCACGCAGAGCUUGACAUCCACCAUGUGCCUGAGUACUACUCCGACCAGCUUCAGCGACUCGGACGGCUCUGACGGCACGUCAUUCUGGUUGUGA